AUGAUAACAGGUGCAUUCAUUGCAAUGUCAGAAGUGAAUCAAACUAGCCUCUGUGACAAGACAACACCAUGCAUAUUCAACUCAGAUGUUUGGACUAAGCCGCGUGGCGAAUUUGGUGUCGUUCUAAUAUGUAUCGCUGUAAUGUUGGCAAUCAUCAUUAUACUCACCAAAGCAUUGAAUACCGCAUCUACAAGGAAUACCAUCAUCAUGAUUAUAACCUUGAUUAUGAUGACCAUCGGUGUUGUAUUACUUGCUCCAUUUGGAACAAGAAUAAGUGUGAAAUUCUACUUCCUCUUUCGUCGAUCAUCGGUUGGGACGAUCACAUGUUUAUUAUUGCAUUCGCAAUUACUUCAGCUAUUUGUUGGGGCGAGGCGAUGUUUAUCGUGA